AUGCCUGCGCCGCGCAGAAUCGCACGUCUCCCACGCUGUAGCCACUCGAGGGUACUAACUACAGUUCAGGUUCGGACAUCGGUCCAGCUCGGUCUGCUCGUAGUCAUCGUCGUUCUCCUGGUGUUAUUUCUCGACAGCCGCUACAGCGUGCUCCCGCAAGCUGUGCACAACCACCUACCGCUCCACCACGAAGGCCUCGUAAUCACAGACAUUACUAUACAGACGUGCUCAUCGCUGAACCCGAUAGCGAAGUGCCAUCUCGACCAACAACAAUGGCAUCGUGUGGAAAAGGACUUGUACCUGGGCACGGGCUGGGUGUCGAAGGCAUAUGUUCACAUCAAGCGCAAGAAAGAGGAGGAGCUCACAGACGAAGACAAAGUCAUUCUGGACGUGCGCACAGGAAAGCUGGACCCUGCCAUGGCAGACCAGUCGCAAGCAUCCGAGAAAUGGGAGUCGCGCCCGGCCGGCAUAUGGAUCAAGCGGUCGGCCAGGCGGCACGCAAGCGACUCGAAGAAGACCAUUACUGCUGUAGAUGUACUCUUCGGCGCGGACGCGACAGAGUCUCGCCCUGGAUGGCAACUGGUCCCCAAUGGGGCUGUACACCUGGAUACCGGUGGUGACGACAAGGUGCCGCAUUUAUCGAUUCGCAGAGGACAACCGGAGGCGGUCACGAAACCUGUCCCUAGAAUCACGAAGGAUGGUAAAUUUAAGAUCAUGCAAAUAUCAGAUCUGCAUCUCAGCACCGGAGUACGGCCCUGUAGAGACCCAGAGCCGAAAGACUACAAUGGCGGACAUUGUGACGCCGACACCAGGACCCUGGAGUUUGUGGAGAGACUGCUGGAUGAUGAGAAGCCUGAUAUGGUGGUCCUAUCCGGCGACCAAGUUAAUGGCGGCACAGCACCCGAUGUUCCCAGCGCGCUUUUCAAGAUUACCGCUGUUCUCAUUGAGCGCAAGAUCCCGUAUGCCGCCAUCUUUGGCAACCACGAUGACGAAGGAGGCGUACUCAGCCGUGCUAGUCAGAUGCAGCUUUAUGAGUCGCUCCCCUAUUCGGUUUCCGAGGCCGGACCUACGUCUAUUGAUGGCAGUAUGGGUGUCGGCAAUUACUACGUCGAAGUCCUCGCCCACGGAGCCAACCGACAUUCCGCCCUCACACUCUACUUCCUCGAUACUCACGCCUACUCCAAAGAUGAGAAGAAGUACAAAGGCUACGACUGGCUCAAACCUAACCAGAUCCAAUGGUUCAAGAAGGCUGCCGAUAGCUUGAAAGAAUCGCACAUGAAGUACACCCAUAUCCAUCUAGACAUGGCCUUCAUCCACAUCCCUCUCCCAGAAUACGCCAUUGUAGAGAACGAACGUCUCGGUCAGAGUCCAGAGCGUGUCACGGCGCCACGUUUCAACACACACUUCAAAGACGCUUUGGUGGAACAGGGCAUUAAGGUUGUAUCUUGCGGUCACGACCAUGCGAACGACUACUGCAUGCUCUCGAAGAGCCAGCAGAGCGAUCCUGAGCUGUGGAUGUGCUACGCUGGCGGAAGUGGCUUUGGAGGAUACGGUGGCUACGGCGGCUUUCACCGACGGAUUCGCCUUUUCGAAGUCGACACCAACCAAGCGCGGAUUUCCACAUGGAAAAGACUAGAGUAUGGCGAUAUUGCUGCUCGACUGGACGAACAGAUCAUUGUCGAUUCUGGCAAGGUAUUGCCAAUGCAAAGUCGGUAG